AUGUCUAUGCAUUUAUUAAUUCCAGAUGAACAGUUCCCUCUUGCAUUUCGUUCAGUGGAACACAGAGAAGGCAACAUUUUGUUCAAUGUAUCAUCGUCUAUUAUCCUCCUGGAAUACGGAGAACGUAAAAUUAGUGAGAAAGUGUGGUUAUCUUUUGCACAGAGCAAUUUUCUAGUUUCCCUACAUUUACUGCUUAAGAAAAUUGUUGCUUUCAGAGAACGCGAAGAGCUUCCUCCACUUCACUCCAACAGGCAGCUGAUCCUUCUCAACACGCAGAACAAGAUCAACGGAUACACAAAAAUCAAGCGCGCCUACACCACCCCACCUCCAGAAGUGUACAGUCCCCGUGACUACAACAUCACAAUUCCUCCCCCAAAUACCAACGCCGUCGAAGGGAACGGCGUGUACGUCUUCGAAUUGAACUCAGUUGUAGAUGUGAUUCUUCAGAAUGUGAAUACUCUGAAUGUCAACAAUUCAGAGAUCCAUCCAUGGCAUAUGCAUCGCCAUGAUUUCUGGAUUCUUGGACAUGCAGAGGGCGUGUUCGACCCAGUGAAGGACCCUCAAAACUACAAUAUGGUCAAUCCUCCGCUGCGCAACGCAGUAGCUGUGUAUCCAUACGAAUGGACGGCCAUUUGUUUUAAGGCCGACAAUCCAGGAGUAUGGGCUUUCCACUGCCAUGUGGAGGCCCACUUCUUCAUGGGUAUGGGAGUGAUUUUUGAAGAGGGAAUAGAGAAAGUCGGGAAGUUGCCCGCUGCAGCGAUGGGAUGUGGGCUCAUCAAGAAUAAAAUUCACAUGCACAACUGA